CAUUCAUUCAUCUCAUAUCAGAUUCUCUCUCUCCUUUUCUCUCUCUCACUGAAACCUCACUUGAAUGCUCCUCUAAAAGGAACAUCAGCAUGAGGCUAUAGUCCUUUUUCACCUAUCCAAUUCACCACUCCCUUUUUCUGCUUUCAAUCUCUUUCCAUUUUGUCUCUUCCUCUAAACUUCACUGUAUCUUUUCUCUCUGUCCCUCUAUUUAUACAUCCCUUUCAAAUUCACAUUCACACAUACUUGUAACUUGUUCCUCCUCAUCGUCAUCAAGAAACUGAACAACAAUAAUAGAAAAAAAAUAACAAUAAUGUCCCCAACAGGUUCAUCAAGAUGGAGCCCUACAACUGAACAACUCAUGAUCUUGGAGGAACUGUAUAGGAGUGGGAUUAGAACUCCAAGUGCUUCUCAGAUUCAACAAAUAACCACUCAUCUUUCCUUCUAUGGAAGGAUUGAAGGCAAGAAUGUGUUCUACUGGUUCCAAAAUCAUAAGGCUAGGGAUAGACAGAAGCUUAGGAGAAAGCUUAACAAACAGCUCCAGCUACAGCAGCAACUUCAGCUCCAUAAUGUCCAUCACUUCAACCAAGAUUUCAGUAACCGUUUUCUUGCUGGUUUUGGUUAUCCUUCUUGUUCUCCUGUUACCAAACAAGUUCCCUUCUAUGCCACUUCUGGUUUGUCUUUUCAGGGAGGAGGAGUAGCUGCAUACGCAUCGCAAGAAGGGGCGAUGAAUUGCAAGUGUAGUGUGCAUCAUAACUCAGAAAGUUUGUUGGAGAAGAAUAAAGAGAUGAGAUUCUUCAAUAAUAACUAUGGUUGGACACUUGGCGGCGAUGUUAACCAUUAUCAUGAAUCAUCAUGUUGCACUACUACUAAUCAACCUCUCAAGACUCUUGAUCUGUUUCCAGUCACAUCCACUACCAGAAUCAAAGAAGAUUGCACCAAGACUCUUGAUGGGUGGUAGUGAAAUUUGAUGCAAAAUGCUAAAGUGUGUUCUUCUUAGGAGACAUGUGGUUUGCAGAAUGUUAUUGUCUUUAAGGGAAUCUGAACUUUAGAAUCCGAUCUAAUCUUACUACAAAGAAUAAAUAGUCUUGUACGUAGGACAUUUGGUUGCACCACGAAAAACUAGAAGCAUGAAAAUAAUUAACUUAAUUAGUACUUUUGUAUAUCGUGCAAAUCCUAGGGUAU